GGACAAAAAGAAAUGAAGAAUCAGUCAGGGGAGAUAGAGUUCAUUUUGCGUGGACUGACAGAUGAUCCUCUACAACAAAUUGUGAUUUUCGUGUUCCUGUUUUUCAAUUACAUCUUGAGCCUGACAGGAAACUUAAUCAUCAUUGUCCUCACCCUGCUGGAUCCCCGCCUCAAGACACCCAUGUAUUUCUUCCUCCGAAAUUUCUCCUUCUUAGAAAUCUCCUUCACAACAGUCUGCAUUCCACGGUUCUUGACAAGCAUUCUCACUGGAGACAAAACAAUUUCUUACGAUAGCUGUGCAACUCAAUUAUUCUUUUUCUUUCUAUUAGGAAUUACAGAGUUUUACCUGCUGGCUGCCAUGUCCUAUGACCGCUAUGUUGCCAUCUGCAAACCACUGCACUACCCAAACAUUAUGAACAGCAGAGUGUGCCACCAGCUGGUGCUCAGCUCCUGGGCAACUGGAUUCUUGAUCAUCUUUCCCCCUUUGCUCUUGGGACUCAAGCUGGAUUUCUGUGCUUCCAAAGUGAUCGAUCAUUUCCUAUGCGACACUUCUCCCAUCCUGCAGCUCUCAUGCACAGAUACACGUUUCAUAGAAUUGCUGGCUUUUAUUUUAGCUGUGAUGACGCUUGUUGUCACAUUGUUAUUAGUGGUCCUCUCCUACACAUUCAUCAUGAAAACCAUUCUGAAAUUCCCUUCUGUUCAACAGCGAAGAAAGGCCUUUUCCACCUGUUCUUCACACAUGGUUGUUGUCUCCAUUACUUAUGGGAGCUGUAUCUUUAUGUACAUGAAACCAUCGGCAAAGGAAAGGGUGACAGUAACUAAAGGGGUAGCUGUUCUCUAUACUUCUGUUGCCCCUUUACUCAACCCUUUCAUUUACACCCUCAGGAACCAACAGGUUAAAGAAGCUCUCAAGCAUGUGCUUCAAAGGCUUUAUUCCUUUCCAAACAAAGAAAGAGAAAUUAUACACAAAUAA